AUGAUUAAAUCUUUCAUAAACAAUGGAAUAAAAAUAUACUCACUGACGUCUGGGCGACUAACCCCAGAAGGUGGUAGGGGAAGUUUUGAGGGCAGAGGAAAAAAUAAAAAAAAGAAAGGGUCAGGGGGAAAUGGUAGUAACAAAAAUAAUGAAAAUAGUAUUGAGUUAUUACAUGAUUUGGAAUUUUCUAAAAAAAGUGAUGAAAUAAAAAUAAGUGAUGAUGGUAGGUACAUAUGUAUAAGUGGAAUGUACCCUCCUCAAGUUGGUUUAUAUGAUACGAAAGAAUUGUGCAUAAAACAUAGAAGACAUUUUGAUGAAGAAGUAGUAAAUUUUGAAUUUCUUACAAACAAUUAUGAGAAAUUAGUUUUUCUUUGUAAGAAUAGAUAUUUAGAAUUUCAUAAUGCAGCAGGGAAAUAUUAUAAAAUGCGUAUACCUAGAGAAGGAAGGAAUUUAAUGUAUAAUAAGAAUAAUUCCGAUUUGUAUAUCUGUACAUCAUAUGAAGAUAUAUAUAUAUUAAAUUUACAAAAGGGAUGUUAUCAAAAUUCGAUUAAAACAAAAAAUUAUUGUAAUAAUUUUAUUUGUAAAAAUAAACAAUUGCCUAUAUUUGCUACUGGUGGAUCAGAUGGUUUUUUAGAAAUAUGGGAUGAGAGAGUUAAAAAAUGCUUAAAUAUAUUAAAUGUACAAAAUAAAGAAGAUGAAGAGGAGGAUGAAUUAACUAGUUGUUGUUUUUCUAAUAACGGUUUAAAAGUAGCUGUUGGAACAGGAAAAGGGAUCGUUAAACUGUAUGAUAUUAGGCAUAGUAAACCACUAUUUGUCAAGGAUCACUGUACCGAUUUGGCCAUUAAAAAAAUUGAAUUUCUUAAAAUUAACAAUAAUAAAUAUUUGUAUAGUAACAAAUGGUGUGGUGCUAAUAUAAACAUUGACGAAGAUAUAACAUGUACCCAUAACGAGUAUGUCGCGUCAUGCGAUUCUAACUGUAUUAAAAUAUACUCAGAAAGGCAACAAAAUUUAUUAUCCUUUGAAAUUAUAAAUUUCGCUGAUGAGCACACUAGCGCCAGUGGUACCAGUAGUAAUAGUAUGAGGAGUGGGAAAAAAAUGAAGAUAUUAAAUAGCGACUCUAUAAAUAUAAACUCAUUCACAUUUUACGAUAGUUCAGGUUUAUGUUUUAUACCAUGUGACAACAAGAAGGUUUUUUUGUAUUUUAUUCCUUUUAUCGGUUUGGCACCGAAAUGGUGCAAUUACCUUGACAGUAUAACGGAGGAACUGGAGGAGAAAGAACGGUACGGCAAUUACAGUUAUGAUGGUACGAACGUUCUUAAUAAUGACAUUGGCAGUAGUACGAUAAACAGUAAUAGUAGUAUGCUGAACUACAAUAGUAACUGUUCGGGGGAAAUUUUCGAUGAUUACAUAUUUUUAACUAACGAACAAGUGGAGCAACUGCAAAUAACUCAUCUGAAGGGGACGAAAAAUUUAAUUCCAUAUUUACAUGGACAUUAUAUACCGAGUAAAGUAUACACUGAUAUUAAAAACGUGGUCAAGAUGGAUGACCAGGAGUAUGUUAAAAAAUCGUUAAUACAGAAAAAAUUAGAGUAUAAACAACAAAUGCGUAUUCCUGAUAAACAAACAUUCAUAAGUAGAGAUUACGUUGACAAGUUAUUAAAGAAGGUGAACAAAAAGAUUGAUAAGAAACAGAAAAUUUUAGUUGAUGCAGAGGAAUUGUUACAGGAUGAGAGAUUUAACAAGUUGUUCUACGAUCCCGAUUACAUGGUGGAAACGGUAAAUUUGGAUUAG